AUGAUUUCUUCAAUAACGGCAACCCGAGGAGGACCAUCACUUCCCCGGCGAGAUCUCGAUCCGAACGCUCUCAGGCUAUCACGCCGUAAAACAUACAUCUCCCUCCUUCGAAACUGCAAUAACAUCGCUCAAGUUCCACCGAUACACGCCAAGAUCAUCCGCACUUUCCAUGGCCAAGACGCAUUCGUCGUCUUCGAACUCAUCCGCAUCUGCUCCGCUCUCGAUUCCGUCGACUACGCAUACGACGCGUUUCGUUACGUAUCGAACCCCAACGUGUAUCUCUACACCGCCAUGAUCGAUGGAUUCGUGUCCUCCAAUCGUUCCGCUGAUGGAGUUGCGUUGUACCGUCGGAUGAUUCACGAUUCUGUUAUGCCGGAUAACUACGUGAUCACUUCGGUUCUGAAAGCGUGUGAUUUGGAGGAGUGUAGGGAGGUUCACGGUCAGGUUUUGAAGCUCGGGUUCGGGUCUAGCAGAUCGGUGAGGCUAAAAUUGAUGGAAGUUUACGGGAAGUAUGGGGGAUUGAGUGAUGCGGAGAAGGUGUUCGAUGAAAUGCCUGAGAGAGAUGAGGUUGCGGCGACGGUUAUGAUAAACUGUUAUUCUGAGUGUGGCUUUGUUAAAGAGGCGUUGGAGGUUUUUAAUGAUGUUAAGGUUAAAGAUACGGUUUGUUGGACUGCGAUGAUUGAUGGUUUAGUUAGAAACAAGGAGAUGAACAAAGCUUUGGAGCUUUUCAGGGAGAUGCAGAUGGAGAGUGUUAGUGUUAAUGAGUUCACAGCUGUUUGUAUUUUAUCUGCCUGCUCGGAUUUGGGUGCGUUGGAGCUAGGGCGUUGGGCAAUGCGUUGA